AUGAAACUCGACACCAGCAUACCCUUUGGGACGACAUAUCAGUCCAUACCGCAGUUGAAGGCUAAAAUAUUGGAGUUCUCGCAAUUUGCCAUUCCCCAUCAUCGGGAUCCUGGUUUCCUUAACUCCCUACAUUUCCUCGCUACUUAUCGACCGGGCGAGACAACUCCUCCAGCAGAGAAUGAGCAUUCAAACGGAGAGCACUGCCCAUGUAAAACAGCAUCAAGGUUUUCACACAGUGAUUCUCAGACCUUGAGAUUGGCAAAGACCCAAGAAUGCACUCAUUAUCUUGCCGUUUCGUAUUGCUGGCAUAGAGGGGAGGCGACGAGGGAAAACCCCGAUGACAAAUUCCGCAUUCGGACCGCAGAAGGGAAGGAACGAUAUGCUCGCGCUCCUACUGAUAUUCUAAAAAGGGCCAUCGAGUAUGCGAUUCAGUAUGAUAUCUCAUAUAUUUGGAUCGACCAAGACUGCAUUGAGCAGAGCGAUCGUGACGGUAAAGUUGCUGGCAUCCAGUCACUGGACCUAGUUUACCGACGUGCUGUGUAUUCCGUGGGCCUUUUGAGACACACUUUGAACUCUCAACGUCAUAUCGACGCUUUAAUGGGAAUACGAGAGGCACAACAAGCGUUUGCUACUCCAGACGCAAUUUUACCAUAUGUAGAUUGGGAAGCCGUUCGUGAGCUGCUAGAACACCUAGCGGGAAACGAAUGGUUUACUCGGUCGUGGAUUCUACAAGAGCACGCCCUGGCAAAAGACAUGAGAUUAUGCGUCAAAUAUGGUCUAGACUUAAAAGUUCCUGCAAUACUUCAGGUUGGACUUGACCAGGUUGAAAUAAUUCCGAAAGAUUUUGAGCUGGCCACCAUUGGACAUCAAUACGUCGCUGAAGCGAAAUUAGACCAGCUUUCAUUCGAGCGGCUGAUCCAAGCCGCUGAUUCAAUCAAUCCUCGUCCUGUCUGCCAACCUCUCGGAACCUUUGAGGGUAAGGAGGAACGCUUUGGUACGAAUGCAUCGAAAGCAUUGUGGUACCUCAGGAAACGCAAGAACACACGAGUUUCGGAUCGAAUAACAAUCAUCGGUAAUCUCUGCGACUACGCAAUUCGUCUUGAUGCUCGAAAAAUGGAUCUCGAUGGUCAUAGUUUCAGUAUUGCCGUGUUGACGCUCGCCCUACUUAAUGGCGACUUUUCUCUCUUGUUUUCUGAAACUGAUGAAGCGGUCCCAGAAUCUUCGCACUCAUGGUUACCAGUACCUUCUUCCACUUUUGACCAGGCGAGGAGUCUGAGAGAUCUCGGGGACAUAACUCGGUUCGCCACUUCUGGUAUUUCGGAUCGAGGGCUGAGCUGCAACGGAAUUAUCACUCAAGUCAACCAUCAAAUCGAUAUGACGAAUCUCCAGAAGCGUUAUAAACUGGAUUACCAGAAUAACAAGAUCCUCAAAAUUCAAACGAAUGAUGAAAUUCAACAGAAAAUGGAUAUCAAGAUUAUCUCGGGAAUUAUACUUGGGUUUGAAGAACAACGGUAUCACGUUCUGGCGUCUUUGAUCAGAAGUUGGGCUCACAAUAUGGCGAGUCCGGAUUCAGAACCCGAACCCCCCCUUGCGUAUAGGACGGCGGACGAUCAUUUUAAAUUAAAGAGGCUUCACUGGCUAAUCAACGCAGUGAUGAGCAAAGGCAGGCUGUGGUGCGGAAAUUUUGGCGGGGAUCUGUCAAUUAGAGAACCAACAGCUAUAUUCGACUGCUCCGGGCCCGAAAUGGUGUUUAUGCCACAUAGCGAGAGCAUGCAGAAUCUGCCACCAUUAAAACUUAUGAACCUACCAGUAGCGUGGGUAGUCGAUAUUUCGAAGCCUUCUAGUUUAUAUAAUAUCGAUUCCAGGAUCGGUCCACAAACUACAGAAGAUAUUUCUAUUAAAUGUAUUCGAAGAGUAUAUAGUAUCUUUCAACCCUUCUCCAGCGGCAUGGCAGAACACGAAUUGGAAGCUGAAAAAGACGCUGUUGAGAUAUUAAAGGCUAGAAUUGGUCAAGCGAGAAAGAAUCGGGAGCGUAGAGCCAGGUAUAAGCCAAGAAAGAAUCGGUACCGCAAAGAAGGAGUGUGGGAGGAGAUGAUGGAUCCAGGGCAGCAGUAUCUUGAAGAAGAAGAAGAGAAGAAAGAAACUGGUCGACAAGAGCAAGUCGUUAAGGAGAGGAAAGCACUAGCCAAGAGAAAGGAAGAGGACCUUAGGGAGAGUUGGGCAGGCCACGUUCAACAAGCCAUCGCAGAUAUGCAAAUAGUCAUGAGGGAACACAAGAAGCUUCUGUCAGUUACAUUCUAUUCCCUGACCCCCGAACACACCUCUAUAUCUGUAUUUAUUUCUGUCGUCUCAUCUAUUUCAUUCAAUCCUACCACAAACAAAAUGAGCACUUAA